UAUAAGUUUUGAUCACAACGCGAAGGUACAUGGUUGGAAAAAGAAAAGAAGUUGAUUUACGUGGCCCUUUGCUUGAUAAAACUCCCCGUGGUGAACUUUUAACUAAACUUAUGCUGAUGGGCAUUUCAGCAUUUUCCUGGCAAAGGGGCAGAGGGGGAAAUCCACAAAAUUGCGUAGCUCAUAUUGCUACAUGUUAAAGGGGAACUUUUUCUCCGCAAGGAUUUGCCCACCGCCACCCCCCGUGGUUGUUUCAUUGCAUGGGGGAGGUGCUGCGGUGCGAUGCGAUGUGAUGCGGAAGAUUGUCCCUUCAAUUCACUCCGCGUAUGCGUGAAUUCACGUGCGUAGGGUCUUCCCCUGUUAUUACGCGCUCGCGCGGGGCACCCCCAAAAGGGAAAAAAAAAAAUAUAUAUAAAAACAUAUAUAUAUAAAUAUAUUUAUGUAAACAUAUUUACAUUUAUACUUGUACGUGCGAACCCCGCCAAGGCGCGCACUUCCCGGCCGCCUUUUGCUGCGUGCUGGCGCGGGGAAACGGCGACUGCGGUGAAGCAGUAUUUGCGCCAUCGCGCGUGGACGUACUUCUAACGAGGGAGACGCUUGGAAAAGGAAGGCUCCCUCCGUUUAAGGUUUAUCGAAAAGGGGGCGCCAGAGUGGACACAGAGCCACCCUCGCGUUUAUACGGGAGACCCACUCUCGUGAUAGAGCCAUCUGGCGAGUACCUGUGAGCCCCGCCAACAAAUGGAGAACGUAGAGGAGUUGAGCAUCGAGGAGACAAACAAGCUGAGGGAGAAGCUGGGGUUGAAGAAGCUAGACGUGGAGGAUAAGCAGGAUAAGAAGAAGAAGAGGGGCGCCUCGAAAAAUGAGCAGGACAACGAACCGAAGGGACGCGCCAAACGGGGAGGCGCCAAGAAUGGGAAGAAAGACGCAGGUGAGGAAGAUAACCAAGAAGGGGGUGACGCCUUAGAAGGGGAAGGCAAAAACGGACGCGGCAGAACGAAGGAAGCCCCCAAGGGAAGCAACAAAUCGACGAAAACGAUCAGCGAGGAGUUCAAUGACGACAUAGACGAUGUGGAGAAGUGGAUAAGCAAAACGAGAAAGACCAUCGAUAAGAAGCUGGCCGAUGAUGAAGGCAUCAAGUACAGCGACGAUGACGAUGAGGAGGAGAAAGGGGGGAAAAAAAAAAAAAAAAAAAACAACGUUAGUCGCAGCGUGGAUAGCAACCACGCCACGGUGGAACACAAAAAUGAAGAACUAACAGAUGACAUGAUUUUGACAUUGAAAGAUCAACACGUGUUAAAUAAUGACGAAGGAAAGGACUGCCUAAUAAAUGAAGAAUUAAAAAAACAAAACGUGAAAAGCAUACUAGCAAAAAAUGAUGACAGCUUUUGGAGAAAAAAUUAUUAUGACCCCCUCUCGUACUACGACGAUACGAAUAAGCAGAAUGCAGAGGAUGGCUCAGCCGUCCAUAUGCUUUCGAAAUAUGACGAGACGAAGCACUCCUUCGAUGUGACUAUAAAGUAUGAUGAGCAGGGGGGGGGAGGUAAUGAUGACCAUGACCGUGAUGGGGACGAUGAUGAUGAUGGCAGUGCGCAUGCUGGCAGGGGGGGAACGAAGGGCAAGGCGAGGGGAGCAAGGACCGCCAAGAGUAGGAAUAAUCGACUCGAGGGGGAGGUAAAGGGGGAAGGCCAAGUACUGCACACCCAGAAAACGCUGCCAAUGCGGCAAACGACCAGCCCAGAUGGCAGCGCUUUCAAAGUGAAGAAGAGAAAAAUUAAAAAUAUCAACAGGCGGAAGAAGGAAGAGGACGCGUGGGCCUUUCUGUAUGAUGAACCAGAGGGGCAGGAUGAAGAGGAGGCGGCGCAGGAAGGAAGGCAAGCAAAGGGGAGCACCUCAGAGAGGAACACAGUUGAGGGAAAAACUCGAGGGAACGAACAGAACAACGAAAACGCAAACGCAAACGCAAACGCAAACGUCAUAGAGGACGUUCUUAAAAAAAUAAGAGACGAACAGACGAGCAUGAACUUUAACAGCUACUUCGAUUACGACUUGGGCGAAAACGAAGAGGACAAGGAGCUGUACGAACUUCUGCAACAGGGGAAUAGCCUGAAAAGGAGAAAAAAGGAAAUGGAUUACCAAAAGGAGCUCUUAAAAUAUAUAGUUAUAAAUGAGGACGUGAAAAAGAACGAGGAGGUCAGCGGCAAUGUCAUUAAGUUGUCUGACGCGUCUGAGUUCUGCAGAAGUAUAACUCUCCCGAUGGAGAUACAGGAAAGUGAGAGCAUGGAGAAGCUGCAGAGAGGGGGGGGAGGCCUUCUCGACGCAGAGGCGAGUGCAGCCCUCGGAGGGGACCGCUCAUCCAAUCUGAUAGCUCCUCUGAGUGUGAAUGCAAGCGAUGAUAUGUUAAGAUCAACGGAUGGGCAGAGAGGAAAGGGGAAGUCCACGAAGGGUGGCCAAGCGAAAGGUGGCGAUAAGGAUAGCGAUGACGAUGACAAUGACGAUGGCAACGACAUGAACUUGAGCGAUCACGCAUUCUCCCAAGAUGGGGUGUCCGAAAUUUUCAACGAAAUUAAACUGGAUGAGGGGCUGUACGGAGCGCUGGAGUAUUUAAAAACAAAAGGAGAAUUAACUAUGGAAGAGAAAAUUUAUCGCAACCCGGAGAACAGACCGCUGCACAUGUCCACGUCAAAGCACGACAUAAAGUUGGACUACAAGAACGACUCCGGCAAAGUGAUGACGCCCAAGGAGACGUUUCGGUACAUUUCUUGGAUUUUUCACGGGAAGAAACAGGGCAAGAAUAAAAUGGAGAAGAAAAUGAGGAGGAUGGAGAUCGAGCGCCGCUUUAAGGAGGACCCCAUGGGCUCCCUUCCCACGCUCAACGUCCUCAAGAAGGUGCAGCAGGUCCACAAGAAGUCGUACUUCACCCUGUCGAAUAAUAACUGA